AUGUCUCUGAGAAGAUCAACCCGUGUUUCGAGCAAAGUGAUUCCAAACGAAGUUCCUAACGGCAAGCAUGACCCAUCGCCGGCCUCAAUGGCAGUCAAGCGAGGCCGCAAGCGCAAGUCCACAGAAGAACAGGUAGAGUCCGCAAUCCAAGCGAUUGCGAACACUACUAAGACCGCGAAGGACGUGAAAUCAAUGCUUCCGCCUCCCGCAACUCCAAAGAGCAAGCGUAGAAAAGUGGCCCAAGAUGCCGACGUCAAGCCACCACCUUUCACGCCUACCCCUUCAGCAAUAGGUCUCAUGACGAGCAACAGCACCCAAGGCCAGAACUACAGCACAGGCGACAUCGACGACCCAGCUCCCCCUGCUACUAGGCCAAUUCAAAAACACCACACAAACGCAACUCUAGUAACACCCGGCGGAACGCAGCUCCAACCAGCCUACUCCAACUUCGAAGAAGCCUCCCCCUCCAAACCCGGCCCCCCCAACCCCACCUCCAAAACCCUCCUAGACACAGCCUGCGCCCACCUCAUCAAAAUCGAUUCCACCCUAACCAAAAAACUCAAACCCGUAAUCGAACAACACCACUGCCACGUCUUCUCCCCCUCAGGUCUAGCCGAAAAAAUCGACCCCUUCCGCAGCCUCUCAAGCGGUAUAAUGGCCCAACAAGUCUCCGGAGCCGCAGCCUCCUCCAUCAAGAACAAAUUCAUCGCUCUCUUCCCUCCUGAAUCCUGUCCUAAUGGCUUUCCUCCACCUGCUCUUGUCGCAGCGACGGAUAUCGCCACGCUCCGCACCGCAGGUCUCAGUCAGCGGAAAGCGGAAUAUAUUCAAGGGCUUGCGCAGAAAUUCGAUUCGGGGGAGAUUACUACGCAACAGCUUAUGACGGGAUCGGAUGAGGAGGUUAUGAAGACUUUAGUCGCAGUGAGAGGUCUGGGGGCGUGGUCAGUGGAGAUGUUCAUGUGUUUUGGACUCAAACGGUUAGAUGUGUUCAGCACGGGCGAUUUGGGUGUGCAGAGGGGAAUGGCGGCUUACAUUGGUAAGGACGUGGGGAAACUUAAGGCUAAAGGUGGUGGGAAAUGGAAGUAUAUGAGCGAGAAAGAUAUGUUGGAGCUUGCGGAGCACUUCAGGCCGUAUAGAAGUCUGUUCAUGUGGUAUAUGUGGCGAAUCGAAAAUGUGUCGACAGCGGCGAUCGAGGAUAAUGCCGAGGAGUAGAGAGGCUUUCACAGCUGCUGGAGGACUCAAAUGGCA